AUACACCUCUCUAAGUUUCUGUUAAAAGCACUUGUUCUUGGCUUAACUUCUCUCUUCUGUAAAACUCAUAAUUUUCUGCCAUUGUUUUUUUCAAGAAUGAGAUAUUUUUGUGAAUAAAUAACUGGAGUCCUUAAGGGUUGUCUGGAUACAACUACAGAAAGAAAGGUGAAAAAUCCGGGGAUGGAGUUCAGUAAAUUCACCCAGAAGAUGUAUUGGGCAGUGGUGUUCCUGGGUUUUUACAGUGGGGUAAUAAUCUGUGGAGGGGUAAAACCUGAGGUUGUGAAUGUUGGGUGUAUGUUGAUUUUGACCUCCCCAGUUGGGAGAGUGACAAAACUGGCUGUAGAAACUGCAGUGGAAGAGGUAAAUAGUUCCAAACAAACAGUUCUUGGGGGAAGAAAGCUGAAUAUCACCAUGCUUGAUAGCACUGCCAGUGGUUUUCUUGGGAUUGUUGAAGCAAUACGGUUCAUGGAGACGAACACGGUGGCGAUAAUCGGGCCCCAGUCGUCGGUCAUAGCUCAUGUGAUCUCACACAUUGCAAGUGAGGUCCAAGUCCCUCUGCUGUCAUCUGCUGCAGCUGAUCCCACCCUCACUUCACUUCAGUUCCCAUUCUUUGUUAGGACUUGCCCAAAUGAUCUGUUUCAGAUGGCUGCUGUGGCAUCAAUGGUGGAGCACUAUGAGUGGAGAAAAGUGGUUGCCAUCUACAUAGAUGAUGAUUAUGGGAGGAAUGGCAUUGCUGCAUUAGGAGAUCAACUGGCCAUGAGAAGAUGUCAGAUAUCAUACAAAGCAGCAUUGAAGCCAGAAGCAACCGUUGAUGAUAUAAGGGACGUGUUGAUUCAGGUGGCUUUAAUGGAGUCCCGGGUUUUGGUCGUCCACACUUACCCAGACAAGAGUAGCUUGAACAUAUUUUCGGUGGCGAAGAGCUUGAAGAUGAUGGAGAGUGGGUAUGUGUGGAUCACCACACAUUGGCUCUCCACCGUCUUCGACACCGUGGGCCCGUUUUCUCCCGAUACAAUGGAAGACAUCCAAGGAGUCGUUACUUUGCGUAUCCAUACUCCAGACUCUAGUUUAAAGAGGCGCUUCAUCUCCAGGUGGAGCAAUAUGACCAGAGAGUUGGGAAUGAGAGGUAACCAGCACUUGGGAUUGUGCACACAUGGUUUGUAUGCAUACGACAGCGUUUGGUUGCUUGCCCGUGCGCUUGCGGCUUUCUUCAAGCAGGGCGGAAACAUUUCGUUUUCCAAAGAUCCGAGACUGGAAGGGAACGGAGGAGGGCGUUUGCGCCUCGAUUCCAUGACCGUCUUUGAUGGCGGGAAUUUGUUGCGGGAGAUGAUUUUCAAGACGGAGAUGACCGGCGUGACAGGGCCGUUCAGGUACCGGAAAAAAAAAAUCUACCUAAAUAAAAAUAAACUUGUGCCAAAAUGAGACCUCUUUAUGUUUUUUUUUAAAUAAACGCCGCAUCUUGGCAUUUCAUUUUUUUUUUUGGCAUUAUGUGUUGGCAUUAUUUGACAUUACAACUAUUAUUUUGGUAUAAAGAUACUCCCUCCGUCCUAUAUCUUUCUUCCCGUUGCACAAAACGAAGAAAAAUCCCAAGUUUUUCAAUCUAUUUUAUUUAAAUAUUGGUAUAGAAAUAAAAAAAAUAAAACAUACAUAUUUAAAAACUACAUCAAAAGUUCAACAAAACAAGUGGUGACAAGAAUAUUUUAUUUUAUCAUAUAGGCCAUGAAAAAACCCAAAUAAAUAUAAAUUUCCGUG